GGUCCUUUAGUCGGGAAGGAUUUAGCUGCUACCACCACACAAGUAGAUGCAACAGUAUGAGUGCAUCUGAACAAACACGGCGGCUUGUGCUCUGCUUGCUGUGCGGACUGCCUGGUACCGGAAAGUCCAGUAUAGCUGAGAAACUGAGCAAAACUAAGUGUUCGUGGUCCGUUGUUGUCAUAACGUAUGAUGACAUCAUAACAGCCGAAGCUUUUUUAGGCAUAACGAAAGAACCACACCGAAAGCCUCGCGAGAUUUCAGCAUCUGAAGACAGGCAGACAUCUCUGUGGAAGCAGCACCGCCGGCAUCUUUUGGGAUAUGUUGAGAAACUUAUUACAUCCCUGCUAAACUGUCCUGCUUUAGAAGCUCCAGCUUGUUCCACAGAAGGAUCAUGGAAUCAAUUUCUUCACUGCCUCAAUCUCCAAGGCAUAUUAUCCCCUACAGCCUCAGAUAUGGAGACCACACAUCACUAUGUAAACAUCCCUGAAGGCUGCAAUGUCUGUCUUCUGCUGGAUGAUAACUUCUAUUACCAGAGCAUGCGGUAUGAGGUCUAUCAGCUGGCGCGGAAGUAUUCCUUGGGGUUUUGCCAGAUAUAUUUACACUGCCCUCUUGAGUUCUGCCUGCAGAGGAAUAAAACCAGACCUUAUCCACUACCAGACAAAACCAUUCAUCUCAUGGAGGAGAAAAUGGAAAAACCAAACGCUGACAAAAACCCGUGGGAGAACAACAGCCUGAGCCUGGAUACAUCAGUGCAAGUCCCUAUAGAGAAAAUAACAGAUUUGUUACUUAAUGCUAUGGAGAAUCCUCUGAGCCCAGUUCAGGAAGACUGUACGGAAAAGGAUAAAGAGCGUGCUAUUUGUGCAGCCAGUAUUAUUCAUCAAGCUGAUCUAUCUCUCCGACGCAUCAUCUCAGACCAAAUGAAAACAUUAAAAGGUAAAGUCUCUCCACAACACAUUAAAGCAGUGGCCCAGGAUCUUCAGCACACCAAGUCUAAGCUAAUAGAAGACCUGCGACAAAGCAUGUCAGGGACGACGUCACUGUCUCACAAUAAAGACACUGUUUCUGAUAUUGUGUGCUUGUUUGAGGAACACAGUAAAUAUAUACUGCAGCCAUAUCUGCGCAAGGAGUUAGUUGAUGUCCAAGCUCAAGAAAAUCAAGAAUACAAACUCUAACACUAUUAUAGCAGAAUGUCAUGUUUUUACUAUCUACAUAUACUUAAAGGGACACUCAAGUCAAAAUUAAACUUUCAUUAUUCAGAUAAAGCAGCAAUUUUAAACAACUUUCCAAUUUACUUCCAUUAACAAAAUGUGCAGUCUUUUUAUAUUUAAACCUUUUGAGUCACCAGCUCCUACGGAGCAUGUGCAAGAAUAUACUUAUAUGCAUUUAUGAUUGGCUGAUAGCUGUCACAUGAUACAGUAGGAUUUGAAAAAGACAUAACUGAAAUUUAUCAGAAAAAAAUCUACUACUCAUUUGAAGUUCAGACUAAGGGGCAUAUUUAUCAAGCUCUGUAUGGAGCUUGAUGCCCGUGUUUCCGGUGAGCCUUCAGGUUUGCCGGAAACAGAAGUUAUAAAGCAGCGGUCUAAAGACCGCUGCUCCAUAACCUGUCCGCCUGCUCUGAGGCUGCGGACAGAAAUCAACCUGAUCCUAUACGAUCGGUUUGAUUGACAGCCCCUGCUAGCGGCCGGCACAAGAACUGCUGGUGCAAUGAUAAAUGCCAACAGCGUGAUCAUGUCUGCUUGCACCAUAGUAAAUAGGCCCCAAUGUGCUAUUGCAUUGUCUUUUUAUAAUGCAUUUGUUGUUUAUGCAAAUCUACUGUACUUACUGGUCCUUUAAGGUUACAUGUUUGUAUCCUUAAAGGGAUAGUAAACACCAAAAAUUUUAUUAUUUAAAAAGAUAAUCUCUUUAUUUACCAUACCCCAGUUUUGCAUAACCAACACUGUUAUAGAAAUAUACUUUUUACCUCUGUGAUUACCUUGUAUCUAAGCUUCUGCUGACUGCCCUCUUAUCUCAGAUCACUUGCAUUUCAGGCAAUUAGUGCUGACUCUUAAAGGGACACUAAACCCAAAAUGUAUCUUUUAUGAUUCUGAUACAGAAUACAAUUUUAAACAACAUUCCAAUUUACUUCUAUAAUUUAAUUUGCUUCAUUCUUUAUAUAUCAUUUGUUGAAGAAAUAGCAAUGCACAUGGAUGAGCCAAUCACACAAGGCAUCUUUGUGCUUCCACUAAUCAGCAGCUACUGAGCCUAUCUAGAUAUGCGUUUUUUAGCAAAGGAGAUAAAGAGAAUGAAGCAAAUUAAAGAAUAGAAGUAAAUUAAAAAGCUAUUUAAAAUGGUAUGCUCUUUCUAAAUCACAAAAGAAAAAAUGUGGGUUUCAUGUCCCGUUAAAUAACUUCACGUGCAUGAGCACAAUGCUAUCUAUAUGAAACACAUGAACUAAAGCCCUCUAGCUGUGAAAAACUGUCAAAUGCAGAGGCUGCCUUCAAGGGCUUAGAAAUUCGCAUAUGAGCCUACCUAGGUUUAGCUUUUAACUAAGAAUAACAAGAGAACAAAGCAAAUUUGAUGAUGAAAGUAAAUUAGAAAGUUGUUUCAAAUUACAUGCCCUUUCUGAAUCAUAAAAGUUUAAUUUAGACUUUACUAUCCCUUUAAGAGAACUGGGCAACUUGUAUAGACAGAAUAGGAAAUAAAAUGUUGUGCCUACAAUAGGCCAGAUUACAA